GCAAAUGAUACACCAUUUUUUAAAGGUCCACUCUCGCGCUUCUUUGCCAGCCUACACUUAGCUGAUUUCUUCAUUUCUUUUUGUUUGGCGUCGCUAAAGAUUCUGAAACACCAGAGCGCAGAUCCUGUUUUUUUCUUUGUUCAUCUUAGAUUCUCCAGGUUAUGGAACACCCUGGACCUCAAUAUACACAGAAUGGAAAAGCACCUAUCAACCCUGCACUGAGAAAACCCCGGAUAUUACUUGCUGCCUGCGGAAGUGUGGCUGCCAUUAAGUUUGCGAAAAUUUGUGAAUGCUUCUCCGAUUGGGCCGAAGUAAAAGCAGUUGCCACACCCGCCUCGUUGCGUUUCAUCGACAUAGCUUCACUUCCUAAGAAUGUAGACCUUUACACAGAUGAGUACGAAUGGUCCUGCUGGGAAAAAGUAGGUGACAAGGUGCUUCACAUUGAGCUUAGUCGAUGGGCUGAUCUCAUAGUCAUUGCCCCAUUGUCCGCUAACACACUCGCCAAGAUUGCAGGGGGGAUAAGUGACAAUUUGCUAACUUGCGUUGUACGAGCUUGGGACUACAGCAAGCCGAUGUUUAUCGCAACAGGUAUGAACACGUUCACGUGGAGAAACCCUUUCACAGAAAAACAUCUAAUGUCAGUUGAUGAACUCGGAGUUUGUUUCAUCCCCGGCGGUGAUGCAAUGGCAGAACCUUCUGAAAUCCACUCAACAGUAAGGCUAUUUUUGGAGUCACGGCCUCUACCUCUCAAUUGAAGAACCGGUUGGUUGAUUCUACCAUGAAUAACAAUACUGAAAAUUGAGUCAUAAGUCAUUGGUUCUGCACUCUGUGCACUUCUGUUAGCAUAUUUACCAAGCUUACUGUACAUUUAUACCUCCAUUUUUGAGUUUGCACAUCAUGAGGAAUGAUCUUGAACGCUGCAGAAACAUGAUUGAUCUUCUAAGAAGAUGAUAUUGAAGAGUUAAAGAAGCAGUAUCAGGUUGCUAA